UUGAGGAAGACGAUCGGGUGUUAUUGCUGGCUUCUAUGUGAAGUAGUUAGGCUGGACACUUAGCUGGAAGAAGCGACGUUCAAAGGAAGUGCUGGAGAAAUAAAUACCAUCUGUCAAAGCCCCCGGUGCUGAAGAGAAAAGGGAGAUCUGUCUAAAAUAAUGCUUAAUCCAUUAUGAAGAAUUAAGAGUUCACGGUCAAAAACUGAAAAGCUGGAUCCCAUUAAGUAAAAUCUGCUUGUGAAAUGAAUACCCUGUUGGGCACGUUUCGCCCUGUGAGGAAUAUUUAACAUAAAAGAACAUUAUGAUAUAUACAACAGCUUUUGGUUUGCCUAUAUUAAUGAAAAGUGCCAGUAGAAUUCUUCCCUGCUAUUCUUCAUACUUGUGUCUAAGACUGACAGCUGUAAGAUACUGCACAAUAAAUGGCAAAAUGAAAUCUAGAAGAAAAUCAGAUCAUCUGGAGAGAACAGCAAAAGACUUUCGACAUGAGAUUAUUUCUAAAGCAAAAGUGUGUGGCAUCAGUAAUGAAUCUGAAACAGUUAAAAGACUUCGUUUGACAGUGACAGAUAAGGAAUUUACUUUUAAGGCAGGACAAUGGGUAGACUUCUUUAUACCUGGAGUUCCUGUAGUUGGUGGAUUCUCAAUAUGUUCAAGUCCUGGUAUGUUGGAAGAAGAGGGAAUAUUAGAACUUGCAGUAAAACAUACAACACACCCACCCGCCCACUGGAUUCAUACUCAGUGUGCUCUUAAUUCAGAAGUGGCUUUACGAGUUGGAGGCAACUUCUUUUAUGAUCCUCAGCCUGAAGACAUUCCAGCAAACGUUAUGCUCAUAGCAGGUGGAGUAGGCAUUAAUCCUUUAUUUUCUAUACUGCUCCACAUUGCAGACCUUCACAGAACUGAAGAGAAGAAAGGAAGUGGUUGCAAAGUGGGAACAACCAAACUCUUUUAUUGUGCAAAAAAUGCACAUGAACUUCUGUUCAGGAAACAGAUUCUUGGUUUGACAAAUGCAUUUCCUGGAAAGAUCACAUGCAGUUUCCACGUUACCAAGCAGAAUUUGCCAAUUUGUGAGAAACUUCUGCCUUACAUCAAGGGUGUGUAUUUUUGUGAUGCAUUUAAAAAAAUGUAG